UGCGGCGCAUGAAGGGGGUCUUUGUGUUCAAGCCCUAAUUCGUUGAUUACACCGUGUCGAAAGCCAGGAGAGCAGAUCGCAGUUAUCCACCAUGGGAGAUUCAAGGAAACUGGACGAUUCUACCGGUGGGAAUCUCAACUUCAACCAUCCGCUAUACCUCCAUCCUUCGGAUACACAAGGUGCAACCAUCAUCUCACAAAUUCUCAUCGGCGCCAAGAAUUAUAACGUCUGGAGUCGAGCCAUGAGAAUAGCCCUGCGGGGGAAACACAAAUUGGGUUUCGUUGAUGGAUCUUGCACGAAAGAGAUGCAAGAAGACAACCUGAAGGAUCAGUGGGAGCGCUGUAAUGCGGUGGUGUUAUCGUGGAUCCUGAAUUCGAUCUCAAAGGAGCUCGCGAACGGUGCUGUUUUCUUCCAAGAUGCUCGGUUAGUAUGGUUGGACCUACAAGAACGCUUCGACAAAGCAACAGGUUCGAGAAUUUUCUUCCUACACCGAGAGAUAUCUUCCCUUCGUCAGAAUUCCCUUUCCGUUUCCAGUUAUUUUACACGCCUGAAAGAACUCUGGGAGGAGCAAUCCUCUCUGGUCCCGAUUCCAUCUUGUAAAUGUGAGACGUCUAAGAUUUAUGGGGAAGUGAUUCAACAACAGAAACUUCUCCAGUUUUUGAUGGGUCUUACCGAAACCUAUAGUCAAGCAAGGAGCCAAAUCCUGUUGAUGAGUCCACUUCCCUCGGUGAACCAGGCGUACGCAAUGAUAUGUGAGGUUGAGGCUCAGAGAUCAAUCUCCAACUCAAAUAUCGAAAGCCCAACAGAAGGUAUUGCCAUGAUCGUGCAAGGCAGAGGAUAUGGCAGAGGAAGAGGAAGGGGAAGAGGAAAUUCAAAUUUGGAAUGCUCACAUUGCCAUAAAAAGGGGCAUGUGAAAGAUCAUUGUUACCAAAUUAUUGGUUAUCCACCGGAUUUUAAAGGAAAUAAAAGCAGAGCAACAAGAGCUGAUAGUGCCAAUCAAGUACAAGUGGAAAAAGAUUCCAGUGCUCAUUCGGCCAAUACAGUGACAACCUCACUCACGCCAGAGCAGUACGAGCGUCUUCUGGAGCUGCUAAGGAAAGAUGCAGACACUGCCAUACAUGCCUUGACUGGUACAGGUUUGGCAGAAUCAACUUCUUGCUUGAAUAUGAUAGUUAGAUGGGUGAUUGACUCUAGUGCAACUACCCACUUAGGCCUUCAGGAUGGGAAGAAGAAGGCGACUGGUAGUUUGUUUUGUGGUCUGUAUCUCUUGAAUUGUGAUUAGAAAUAUAAUGCGGUUAACACAGUUAGUAAUAGGAAUAAGUCAUGUAAUUCUACUGAUAUUUGGUUGAUACAUAGGAGACUAGGACAUGCUCCUUUAUCUGUAAUGAGGCAUUUGAAUGUUGUACAU